UCCCGAGCCCGAUCCCAACGGGGGGAGGCGAAACGCUGCAGAAAUUUUUUGAAAAAUUGUUAAAAUUUUAUUUUUCCCCUAAAAAGCAUCAAACUCGGCAGGCUUACAAAUAUGGUUAUCCACGAGGGGUGAAAAAUAAGAGAGGGAUUUAAUCUUAACUAAAUACAUUUUUUUUUAAUUAAUAAUCAAAAAAAUACAAAGAAUUGCCUAAAGAGGCAGCGAGAAGGGCAUUGUCGUAACCUGGUUUUGGGAAAACUUCCUAACUUGCUCCCGGAGGUGUGAGGCAACUGACAGGCCGCCAGUUGAAUGUGGCCGCAGGAGCAAGUAGAGUUUUAUGGGGCUACUAUUGACUGGGACUUGGAGCCCCCGGAACUCAUAGAGGGAGAUCUGGUCGAGUUCACGAUUCCCGGACGUGGUAGUCGGCACUUUGACGGACAAUUCGCGUGGAGGUCCAUAGUCUUGUCGGAGGACGCGUGGCUGUGGACGUAUAGAGAGCACCAGGCGGCGCAAGGGGUAGGCGUAGUGAGGGCCUACCUGUAUUUAGGGCCAGCUGCGAUCAGGGAGGCUGUAGUGGGCCUCGUGACGACAGGGACUAGUGGGACGGUUAGCAGAGCGUUACGGUACCUAGAGGAGGAGAUAGCUGCCUUCCGAGCGGAGGACUCGCGCGACCCGUUGACUCUAUUUCACGGGCGCCCUCCUCUUGAUAUCUCGGGCGGGCUGGCGAUAGCACGGGACGGGUUUUUCCCGUACAACGUUAGGAGCCUGAAAGCGAUAGUACCGGCGUUCGUGGUAGAGAGUGUCUUUGGAGGCAUUGGAGGAGUGGUGGAGACAUACCUGGCCUAUCAGGAUCUCAAGAUCCUGGCGAGAAGCACUACAGAUUUAACCUACAUCUAUUAUUCACUCGCGACCGGAGGACUUCGCUGGGGAGACGAGAGGGUUCAGCUUAUAGAGCUGAUCCGCUCGAUAGACGACGAGUGRCCCCAGUCGCCGUGCGUUUGGGAUUGGCUAGACCGAGAGCUCCGAGCAGGACCCGAGUACGUGACCUGCAUCGGGCGGCUUUUCUCAGACGACGAGGAGAGCUGGUGGGCUGAGGACGCCGAGAGACCUCUGAUAUACAGACACCAGUUGGCGCAAUACUACCAAGGUAUUGGACAAACCCCAUACCGCGUCGAGGACGAGUUUGACGACGGAGGAUGGGAGCGAGAGGACGACGAGAACGUCUGGGAGCCGGACUGGAUUGACCCGGAGGAUGAGAUUGUCGAGGAGGAGCCAGACGCUUCGGACGCCCAUUUCCCCAGGAUAGGAGUAGCAGUCCUGGCGUAGGAGGAGUCAGCUUUGGUCACUGAUAUCGGCGAGUAGUGGAGA